CAGAAAAUGACCCACGUGGCAUACCGUGACAUGUGAACUUCGCUCGUUCACAACGGUUGAAAUUAAUUUGGAACACAUACUGAUGAUACUGAUACUGAUCAGGCCAUUCGUAAAUGGCGACUAUCGAAGUGGGACGACAUCUUCUGGGGUUCCGAUCGACGCCAUUGGUAACGAUGAUGAUGAUGAUCUCGCCGUUAUACCGCCCUCGUCUGCACUUUCGCAAAGCUUUUGUUGUGCAGUCACGUAGUCGAAGUCGAAGAGUGGUGCUUGGAAUUCGAGCCCCUUCGUGUUCUCUGGUGGGUGAACAAAAGAAAGAAGAAGAAGAAGAAGAAGAAGAAGAAGAAGAGAGGGCUUUGUUCAACGAGCAAGAAAGUUCGCUCAUUGAGGCCCUCAUCGGCAUCCAGGGCCGAGGCCGCUCUGCUUCUCCUCGCCAACUCCAAGAGGUUGAACGUGCAGUAAAAGUUCUAGAAGGUUUGGAGGCUGUACCCGAUCCGACAAGCUCAAGUUUGAUUGAAGGUUGCUGGCAGUUAACAUAUACAACAAGGCCUGGAACUGCAUCCCCUAUUCAGAGAACAUUUGUUGGGGUUGACUUCUUCAGCAUAUUUCAAGAGGUAUACCUACGAAAAGACGAUCCACGUGUGAACAACAUUGUAAGAUUCUCUGAUGCAAUAGGUGAGCUCAAAGUAGAGGCUGCAGCAUCAAUCAAGGAUGGAAAACGAAUACUUUUUCAGUUUGAUAGAGCUGCCUUUUCAUUCAAAUUUUUGCCAUUUAAGGUUCCAUAUCCAGUACCAUUUAAGCUUCUUGGAGAUGAAGCAAAGGGUUGGUUAGACACUACAUAUUUAUCCCAUUCUGGAAACCUCCGUGUCUCGAGAGGAAAUAAGGGCACCACAUUCGUGCUGCAAAAGAAAGCUGAACCAAGGCAAAUGUUGCUGAAAGCCAUUUCCAGUGAUAAAGGAGUGCAGGAAGCAAUUGAUGAGUUUAUCUCAUUAAAUAAGAACUCAAAUAGUGAACUUGAACUCAUAGAGGGAGAAUGGCAAAUGAUAUGGAGUUCACAGAUGGAGACUGAUAGCUGGAUAGAGAAUGCUGCCAAUGGUCUAAUGGGCUUGCAGAUAGUCAGGCCAAAUGGGAAGUUGAAGUUUCUGGUUAACAUAUUGCUUGGGUUAAGAUUCUCAAUUGAUGGCACAUUCGAGAAAUGUGGAAGCAACACAUAUGAUGUUGUUAUGGAUGAUGCUGCAAUUCUGGCUAGCCAAUUCGGACUUCCAGUAGAGAUGCAAAGCAAGUUCAAGUUGGAGUUGCUUUACACAGACGAGAAGAUCAGAAUUACGCGGGGCUACAACAACAUUACGUUUGUUCACUUGCGCAACGAUGUGGGUGGCGGCUAUAACUAUAAUAAAUAAGCAGUAUUAUUGCAUAAUAAUUAUCUGACUUCAGUUCUGAAUCUUAUGAUGCUCACUAAGGGACUGAAAUUGAACUUCCUUUCCAAAACUCUGUUUGCGUUUACUUCAUUAUUUUUAUCAAUUUUUGAGUCAUUUUGUUUGGGGGUUACUGUGUGCCACGGCUUGUUUGCAGAUCACAGAGAAAUUGGUUUAAAAUGGUUAGUCAAUAA